AUGAAACCAUCUAAACUGCAAGAUCAUCUGAGAAGAUACCACCCUGACAAAACAGAGAAAGAUUUGAAAUACUUUCAAACAUUCAAAGAUAAAUUUCAGAAGAGGCAUACACUGGACAGAAUGUUCGCUUCGACGUCACAAAGAAAUGAUGAUGGUUUGCGGGCGUCUUACAAUAUCUCGUUACUUAUAGCAAAAUCCGGAAGACCGCAUACUAUCGGAGAGAAGUUAAUUUUGCCAGCCGUUGAAGAGGUUUUAAAAACUGUUUUACACAAACCUGCAUCUGAUAUCAUUAAAAGAAUUCCCUUAAGCAACAAUUCUGUUGAAAGAUGUAUUGAUGAAAUGAGUUCUGAUAUUGAAAGCUUCUUAUGUAAUUAUUUGCAAACGACCCAUUUCUCUAUACAACUGGACGAAUCAACUUUACCUGAUAAUGCAGCAUUAUUAUUGGCAUAUGUUCGUUUUAUUAUAAAUCAAGAAAUCUACGAAGAACUGCUCCUCGCAAGAACUUUGAUAACCGACACUAAAGGUGAAUCAAUAUUUCAUGUUUUGAAGGAUACUUCAUUGAAAAAGCAAUUCCUUUAUUAA